AUGCGUUCCGCCACUCUCCUCGCCCUCCUCCCCCUGGCGCUGGCCGCCCCCUCCAUGACCAAGCGCGAGUCGCCCGCGCCCCUGCUCGUGCCCCGUGGCGCCGACGUGGUCCAGGACAAGUUCAUUGUCAAGUUCAGGGACGACAUUCUGUCCACCAACGCCGUCGGCGCGGCCAUCGCCUCCAUCAAGGCCGACGCCGACUACCAGUACGCCAAGGCCUUCCGCGGCUUCGCCGCCACCUUGACCGCCGAGGAGCUCGAGAACCUGCGCAACGACCCGACCGUCGACUACAUUGAGCACGACGCCGUCAUGUCCAUCUCCGCCACCCAGACAAACGCCCCCUGGGGCCUCGCCCGCAUCUCCUCCGCCUCCCCCGGCGGCACCACCUACACCUACGACGACGCGGCCGGCGCCGGUACCUGCGCCUACAUUGUCGACACGGGCAUCGACACGAGCCACCCUGACUUUGACGGCCGCGCCACCUUUGCCGCCAACUUUGUCGACUCCAACAACGGCGACCGCCAGGGCCACGGCACCCACGUCGCCGGCACCGUCGGUGGCACCACCUUUGGCGUGGCCAAGAAGACCAGCCUCUACGCCGUCAAGGUCCUCGGCGACGACGGCACCGGCACCAACUCGGGCGUCAUUGCCGGCAUGGACUACGUCUCCGACGCCGACGACGACUGCCCCAGCGGCUCCGUCGUCAACAUGUCCCUCGGCGGCGGCUUCUCGAGCGCCGUCAACUCGGCCGCCGCCGGCAUUGUGAGCUCGGGCAAGUUCCUCGCCGUCGCCGCCGGCAACGACGGCGUGGACGCCCGCAACGCGUCCCCGGCCUCCGAGGCCUCGGCCUGCACCGUCGGUGCCACCGACAUUGACGACGUGCUCGCCUACUUUUCCAACUACGGGUCCGUCGUGGACGUCCUGGCGCCUGGUGUCGAUAUCCUCUCCGCCAAGCCCGGUGGCGGCUCCCAGUCCCUCAGCGGCACCUCCAUGGCCUCGCCUCACGUCGCCGGUCUCGCCGCCUACCUCCUCGGCAACGGCGCCAGCGCCUCGGGCCUCUGCAGCAGCAUUGCCUCCUCGGGCCUCGAGGGCGUCAUCUCCAGCGUGCCCAGCAGCACGACCAACAUUCUCAUCAACAACGGCAACCAGUAA